AUUCAGUAUCAUUAGAAGGCCGGAGAUUCAACAAAAGUGACAAUAUCAACAUGUCUUAUUCCUACUCCAAGAGGUCUUCUUCUACCAGUACCGCUAAGAGCAGCAGUCCCAGCCAGGCGAUUGAGGACCCUAAGAAGAAGACUUCUCUGCUAAAGGACAGAAGUUGGAUCAGGAGCAACGCAGAUCAGGACGAAGCAGUCGACCAGGAUCCAAACUUUGGCAGAGUGGUUCUGAACAAAUACCGGUCCAAUGAGGCUCUUGACAGUGCUGAGCCUGCAGACUCAAAAUCCCCUCAAACGACAACCACCAAGACAUUGUCCUCCGUAGAGGCACUAAAAAAGAGAUUUGGUGGGAGUCAGGAUGAAUUGAGCAAGGGCAGCACCCUGCCUUCAACUUAUGGACGUACUAGCACAUCCUACACAAAAAGUACCUCCCCACCGAAGUCAGAUUGUCUCAAGACAACCACUGUCUCUAAAACAACAGUCACAGAGGAACCUAAGAAAACAAGCACCACAACAACUACCACCACCAUAGGUGGAACAACUACUGAGACUACCAUCUCCACAAGCCAGCGUGUGAGCAGAUCCCCAGUUGUGAAAUCGCCCACCACCAACACUGAGAGCUUCACCGACCGAGUCUUCAGCUCCAGAAAAGGGACUGAGGAUCAGUUAGUCAGUAGUCUGAUACCAACAUCCGUCAAAACGGAAUACUUGAUCCCAGACAGCACGACAAGUGUCUCCAAAACAGACACUGUGACACUGAAAACCACUAAAAAGGAAAGCACUUCUGGAGAUGUCAGCAAGAAACCCCCCACUAUCCCAAAGGGGACUUCCUCAAAGACCGAGGAUGACCUCUUUGAUACUCUCCUGCCGACAACCAUGAAUGCUCGCUACUCCUCCCCUGACAGUACUACAACCAUCACCAAUAAAGAAGUUGUCACUGUCGACAGCCCCAAAGGGGAUGUCAAAACUGUGAAAUCUCCGACCUCUACAACUAGGACCAUUACCAGUGAGGAAUACACCUCAACCAACACCCGUAGAAGCUACUCCAGCAAGCCAGACAACAGUGUCAGUGUCACCAGCCCCAUUGUCUACACCACGUCUACUACCUACAAGGACAGCAGCCGGGCUGAGGACGAUCUGUUCGAUUCUCUCAUGUCAAAACCCACCAAGACGGUGUAUUCUACUCCUGAAAGUCCCUCUAGGACUGUUUUGGAGAGAGACCUUUGCUCUUACUGCCGUAAGCCCAUGAGUUCCGACCCCAAGAUGGUGCUGGAGGAUAUGAAGAUCAACUGCCACACUACCUGCUUUAAGUGUGAGGUGUGUAGCAGUGACCUGGGCCAUCUCAAGGCAGGGGACAGUAUGUGGGUCUACAGACGCACUGUCCACUGUGAGCGCUGCUUCGAAGUCACCAGAGAAAAAUGGCAUCGUUGAACCUCAAGUUCACGUGGAUGAAGAUGGGGUCUUUAUUCUAUGGUCGUUUAAAUAGAUUGAAGUUUUGAAUUACAUUUUGGUGACAUGGGUCCUCCUUAUAUAGGUACGGAAAUGUAUAGCAUAUUUUUCAGAAUUGGGUAUGAAUUCUUGUGUUUAUAAAAUGGAGAGGAUAUUAAUAUUUUACAUAACCCUUGACAGUUAAUGUUUUCAUGCAUGAAUAUACUAUAUGGGAUAUGUAAUCAUGGUUAUUAUCUCUGUUAUUUUUUAUUUUAGUAACCUAUAAUUACUUGACUCUGUUUCUGAAUCAUGAUAGGUUAAACAUCCACAGUAAAAUGCAUGUAAGCCAAACAUUUUAUUUUUUAUACCUGUCUCAGCCAGCUGUUUGUCUCCAUAAUCAACAUAUUUCACAGGCAGUCAGGCUACCAAAAUAGGCUUACGGUAAGAUAUCCAUAUGGUGCAAUAAUUAGGGCCGGGGGUUGGUUGUGUGUGCAAUACAAAACUAUUAAGCAUUCUUUAUUAAAAUUGACAGAAGUUACACAAAACA